AUGCUUUCACUGGCAGGGCAGCUCCGGGUAAUGUGUUUUCCCAUUAAACGGCAGAACUACCGUCAGUUGCUCCAAUAUAAAAUAACCACCGAGUUACCACAGCGGAGGCUCUUUAUUGGGGGACUAACAGGAGUGAGGCCGAAACGUAGCCCGGCGCAUCGGCUCUCCCAUCACACAGCUCCUCGGACAGGCCCGGCACGUUAUACCGAGCUCACUGAAUGGAGGGCUGAGCCGCAUCGCCUCCCGGGGCUCGAUCCGAGCCGGCCGGGCCUACCGGGAUUUAUUAAUGGCUUUACUAGAGGAGAGGACUUACCCAGCACCAAGUCUUGGCGUGCGCGGCCCCUCCGCUUGCGACGACUCCCGCCACCGCCCACUCGCGCCCAAAUUGCCUCCCUUCAAAAGGGGUGGGCCGGGGAGCCGCAGGGGCUGCUGGGGGAUGUAGUGCCUGUCAGUUCAGGCCUAGUGAAUGAGGAAAGAGACCAAAUAAAACAAAACUGUUUGUGA